AUGAGGAAGGCAACUAGUGGCAAAAGACGAUUGACAAUCUCUUUCUUCAGUAACAACGAAGAAGGAGCUGAUGCAGCUGCUGUACGGAGAGAUCAAUUGGCGUUGGGACAAAUUCAUCAAGGUGUUCAUUACUCCAUUUUUGGGCAGCUAGCUCGUGCUGAAACAGCAAAACAAGCUUGGGACAUCUUAAAGGUGUCAAACAAAGGAGUCGACCGGUCACAGAAGUCCAAGCUGCAGACGUUGAGAAGGUUGUAUGAUCGUUGUGAGAUGGCCUCUACAGAAACCGUAGAUAUGUAUUUCUCUCGUCUUAUUGAUCUUGUAAAUAAGAUGAGGUUAUACGGAGACACAAUUGAGGAUGAGUCACACGAUACCGAGGACUUGUCAAUUGCUGAGUUAAAAGGUAUGAUCGAAAGUCAUAUUGAAAGGAUUGCGUCAAAAUCAGAACCACUAGCAGAAGAAGCUUUGAAGAGCCAAGUCACCUUUAAUAUGACUAGCUCUAAUCAAAGAGGUGGAGGAGCUGGUAGAGGUCGUGGAAGAGGUAGAGGAGGAUUCAGAGGAAGAGGACGUGGUAACUCAAAUCAAGGAAGGGGACGAGAUUGCUGGUAUGAAGAGGAUGGUCAUGAAAAUCAAGCAAAUGUUGCUGAAAAAUCUGGUGAGAGUUCUACUGAAUCUGAAACCUUAUUUUUGGUCAGUAACAGUUUGUCGGCAUAUGAAAACAUAUGGUUCUUGGAUACUGGAGGGAGUAAUCAUAUGUGUGGGAAGAAAGAAUUGUUUUCAGAGUUGGAUGAAUUAAUACGAUCUGAGGUGUCCAACUAA